GACUUUGCGGUCUUGGGUGGGAGAAGAGAUGAUGUGGCUGGCCAGGGUUUGACACCUGCCCUGUGUUCCCACAUCUGUUUCUCUGGCCUUGCCCUCCCUCUGGACCGGGCCGGCCUUACCCGGUUCUGGCUGUGCUUCACCCAUUUCCCCGUUGGUGCUCCCCUAACCACCCUUCUCCAGUGCUGCUACUGGUUUCCUGAGGUCUUCAAGGCCUGUGGGGCUGGGCGGGCCGAAGGAAGCCACCUCCCUGCGACUGUGCCCUCUUCUUCCCUAGGAGAUGUGGCCUCCUUCGUGCUGAAGCUGGUGGAAGGCCUUCGGGGCCAGACCUGGGCCCCAGACUGGGUGGAGGAGCUGCGGGAAGCCGACCGGCAGAAGGAGCAGACCUUUCGGGAGAAGGCAAUGAAGCCCGUGGCCCAGCACCUGAACCCGGUACGGGUGCUGCAGCUGGUGGAGGAAACUCUGCCUGACAACUCCAUCCUGGUGGUGGACGGCGGGGACUUCGUGGGCACCGCUGCCCACCUGGUGCAGCCCCGUGGGCCUCUGCGCUGGCUUGAUCCUGGUAAGGAAGGGCUCAAGCCUGGGGUGGCUGGUACUGUCCGGACCCCCUUCAUAAUAAUGCUU